GUUCCAUGUCACCGAACCUCUGACAGUGGCUCAGACUCAUGUCCGUGUUUACAAGCGAAGCGUGACGUCCGCGGACCCGCACGAUCACGUCCCGACGCGCGGUUCAAAAGCUGUGAAUUCCCCACAGAAAAUGUCCUUGAUGAUGUCCCUGAAAGUUUUCCUCAGCGAGAGGCUGGCGGCGGCCGCGGACGAGAUAUUCGGAGCUGUGGAGAAAACAAUAUACGAGUACAAAGAGGAGAUUUCUCGCUCGAAAGACCUGGAGAUCAGUCGACUGAGGAUGCAGCUGAAGCUUCUGAAGUCAGAGCCUGUGGAGGACAGAUGCCUCUCAGCCCAGCUGCAGCAGCACACCCAUCACCACCAUCCUCCAACCUCCCCCCCUCCUCCUCCUCCUCCUCCUCCUGAGCAGCACCAUCAGUCAUCCCCUGCAGAGGAGGCCCCUGAGGCCCAUGCCUGCGAGGAGGACGGGGGUCGCAGCCCGGAGCAGGAGCACCCAGAGCCCUCGCAGGUGAAGAAGGAGCAGCACAGGGGCCACAGAGAUUUCUGGAUAGCUCACGACGAGGAGCAGCUGGACGGCCUGGAGUCAGACAUCAAAGAUUUCAUCUCGUCCCCUGCCAGCCUCAAAGCCGGCCUGCAGGACCACGCCUUACCCUUCCACCCCUACCACCACCUGCACCUGCACCACCACCUCCACAACAAUGGCAGCGGGGACGAGGGCAAAGACAAACCCUACUGCUGCUCCGUGUGCGAGAAACGCUUCAGCAACUGCUCGCACCUGGCGGCUCACAUCCGGACGCACACGGGCGAGAGGCCGUACAGGUGUGAGAUCUGCAGGAAGACCUUCAUCACGACGAGCGCCCUGAACAGACACCAGACCAUCCACACCGAGGGGAAACAGUUUGUGUGUAACUUCUGCGGUAAAUCCUUCAAGUGGAUGGAGUCUCUGGGCAGACACACGAGGAGCGUUCACAAGAGGGACAAUGUGCCUGUAUGACCCCGUGCAGCUGGACAAUGGAAGCACACUUGUCCAACAGAUUAGAGACGAUGUCACUGUACAUUGCUCAUCCACCAUUUAAGUGUCACACUCCCAAUGGAUUCAAAGAAAGAAUGAAAUGUCAGUUUUCUAUGUUGGUUUGUGAAUUAUGUUGUUAAAUGUGCUUGGACCUCAUGAAGCCUUGAGAUAGUGACUAUUAAAUUAUCCAUGAAUAAAUUGAGUGGACUCCACUAUAUGAUGUUUUUUUUAAAUAAUGGUCAAUUUAUAAUAAAUAAUGUAUUGCUACCUUAAAUAUUAGUUAGUGUAUUUGUGUUAUUGUAUUCUGCUCUCUACUGCAGGGGUGUUAGGGAAGUGGUACUUUUCACCAGUAGGUGGCAGUAGCAGAAUUUCAUUCAUAAUUUCUCAUCAAUCAGAAUUAGUCCUAGUGUCCAAGGUACUGAGCCGCUGCUUCUUCAGCCUGAAGCCCCGAACAAUGGAAAUAAUACAGAACAUGAAAGUGAUGUCACCAUAUGAACACUAAUUCCUUCAUUUGAAUAGUAAUAAUAAUAGAUUAUUAAAUGAAAGACCAGCCUCCAGGAUACAACCAAAGA